AUGUUCGGACCGUUGGAUCGAGCUGAAACUCACAUGUCAGACUUGAUUAGACGUCGUAGGGCGGUGACGGCUACACCGAGUUCGGAGCCCCCGGCUCAGCCGGUAUCAGCUGCCACUGCUCCAGCACUGAUGGAGCAGGACCACGUGCUAGCUGGUCCUGGGGGAUCCCAGGCGGCUGCAUCAUCAUCUUCUUCGGUGGUGCAGCCUCUUAGCGCUAGGCGGCGACACCGGCCCGCUACCACCACCGACACCACAUCCACUGACUGUACUGGUGCCUCGGGGGCACCUACAGCCAAGAGGAACACCCGAGGGCCGUGUCGGCAGCUGAAGACGGCGAAGGUCACCCGGGUGACCAACAGUCGUAUCAGCAUCGGAUAUGACGAGCGCCAUCGGGCUGCACCGACGGCGGACUUGCAUAGCUCCUUGGCCCACGACAUUGGCCACGUCGUUCGGACCCAUUGCCCGAUGCAAUGGAAGUCUUGGAAGGUCAUACCUGACGAGAUCAAGAUGCAAGUUCGCGGCCAGUUGUCGACGAACUACGACUUAGAGGACAUCAACGAGGAGACUUUGGCGUACGUCAACAGACUCUUCGGUGAGAGGUACAAGCAGUGGAAGAGCGACUUGCACCACCAUUUCCAGGCGUUUGAUGAUCCGGAAGUCGCUCUUCAGGAGGGUUGCCCGAAGGAGCUUGAGGGGCGGGAGGAUAGUUGGGCGUGGCUCUGCGCUCAUUUUCAGGCGCCCGAUUAUGUGAAUAAAGCCCAAGUGAAUAAGGGCAAUAGGAAGAAGAAGACUCUUCUUCACCAUUCCGGCUCCAGGCCCUUCUCAUAUAGGAUGGAUGCACGGCGGGGGUCGAAAUUCCCAGAGAUCGACGUCUUUGGUGACGUUUAUGUUCGACCUGGGAAUGAGUUGGCCGAGUCCCUUCAUACGACGAUGGUGGAGAGGAGCCAGUUGGUUCUUCAAGAGUCCGCCUCCCAACUUCCUCCCGAGACUCCGAUCGAGUCUGUGGAUCCUCCGCAUGAUGCUGGAUUUCAGAUUUUGACGCAGACGUUGGAUCAGACUCUCGGGAGGAGGCCGGGAACGUAUUGUAGGGGGAUGGGGAAUGCCCGACAGAGGGAACCUCGACCGCGGUCAUCGUCGCAGGCAAACAGUCAGGUGACUGUUUUGACAUCGCGGGUUGCCGAGCUUGAGGGUCAGAUGUCGGUGAUUCUGCAGUCCCUCGCGCGGUCCGGCAUUCCAAUCCCGAAUUUUGGUGCGUCGACCUCCGAGCCCGUCCACCCCGAGCAUCCCCAGCACACCACGGCCCCUGCAGACACCCAUACCUCCGAGCCGCAUGUGGCAGAUGACCAAGUAGAUUUUGGAACAUUAUUUGAUUAG